AUGGCCGGCCCCGGAGUUGCCGACCACGAGAGUCCUGACGAUCCUGACCAGCAGGUGCUGGGCUGGGUGUCUGUCUCACUCUCUUCUCUUCUCUUCUCUGGCGUCUUCGUCGUGCUCCUCCUGACCUCCUCCUCCUCCCUUUCAUCGAAGGGUGGAAUCCAUCCAACAAGGAAGGCAAAAGGGAGCAAGGGGAAGCAAGCAAAAAUCCCCAAUUCCUUCCAGAUCGACCCACCGCCGGUGAAUCCAAUCCAGCAGCUGUCGCUUGGAAUUGGAUUCAUGCGCAUCCGCCCGCUGCCGCUGGCCGCCGCCUAG